GCUCCUCUGUUCGCGUUAUUUUUAGGCCGCCGCCAAAAGUGUUUCGUUUUCGUGGCUAAAUUCCGGAAUUUCUAGCGAUUCCGUCCGGUUAGCCAAACUCCACUCUACACGCAACCAUUUAAGGUGACCACAAGUCGACGACGACAUCGUUCAUCCGGUUUUUCUGGCUGACUAAUUUUGGAACUGCUCUUGUGGCUUCUGCUUCUUUUUUGGGACCCACGCAGCGAUGAGGCUGCUGUACGUGUUUUUGCUGAUUCUGGCCGUGCGCUUGGCCUCCGUUUUCGUGGUCCAGACAUACUACGUCCCGGAUGAAUAUUGGCAGAGUUUGGAGGUGGCCCACAAAAUCACUUUUGGUUACGGCUACCUGACCUGGGAAUGGGUGCAGGGCAUUCGCAGCUAUGUCUACCCCCUGCUGAUCGCCGGUCUCUACAAGCUGUUGGCUCUCCUCCAUCUAGACAGCGUUCAGCUUCUGGUGCUGCUGCCAAGGAUUCUACAGGCCACCUUAACCGCUUACUCCGAUUAUCGCUUCUUCGUGUGGACAGGCAAGCGCAAGUGGGCUUUGUUUUUGGUUCUGGUUCCCUGGUUCUGGUUCUACACGGGAUCUAGAACUCUGGCCAAUACCUUGGAGGCCUCACUGACCACGAUUGCCCUGAGCUAUUUCCCAUGGUUUGGCGAGGGAACUGGCUACCUUUGGUCAGCUGCCAUCUGCUGCUUCCUGCGUCCCACGGCGGCGGUGAUUUGGCUUCCUUUGAGCCUGUAUCAUUUGCGAAAGAGCCGUCAAAAUGUUGUGGAAUUGAUACUCAAGCGUUUCGUUCUGAUCGGUUUACUCGUUGCUAGCCUGGGCGUGGCCAUUGAUACUUACUGGCAUGGUCGGUUAAUUGUCACUCCGUACGAGUUCCUCAAGUACAACAUAUUCAACAACAUUGGCAGCUUCUAUGGCUCACAUCCUUGGUACUGGUACUUCACCGUGGGACUGCCAACUGUUCUGGGCAUCAACACCUUGCCCUUCAUCUUUGGCGUGAUGGAGACUGUGAAGAAGUCGGAGAAAUUUGCGGUUAGCAAACAGCUCUUGAUUACUAUCUUCCUGACUCUGCUGGUACUGAGUGCUGUGGAGCACAAGGAGUUCCGGUUUGUGUCACCGCUGCUGCCCCUGUGUCUAUAUGUGGCGGCUGAUGCCCUGUCCAAAUGGAGCUAUCGUGCCUCUAGCACUAUACUGUGGACCACUGCCCUGGUGAUCUUGGUGGGCAAUAUAAUUCCGGCAUGGUAUCUGAGCACCGUUCACCAGAAGGGACCCAUAGAGCUGAUGCCCAAGCUAAGGGAGAUUGCCCAGGAUUACCGUGAUGAGCGGGAGCACCGUGCGAAUAUCCUUUUUCUAAUGCCCUGCCACUCGACGCCGUAUUACAGCCACAUCCACGAGAACGUAACCAUGCGCUUUCUGACCUGUGAACCCAAUCUUGACAAGAAGGAGCAGUACAAGGACGAGGCGGACCGCUUCUUCGAGAACCCAGUGCACUGGAUUAACUCCAAUAUACCCGUACACCCGCUCACCGCCCAGCCGUCGCACUUGGUUUUGUUCGAUCCAUUGGCCGAGAAUAUCAGCGUGUUCCUGCGCAAUUACCGACUGCUCCAUCGCAUCGAGCACGCAGAGGUAACCAGGCUGGAGGGCUUGCAGGCUCUGGCCGACGAGUGGUCGCAGGCUGUGGGCGCCCAGUCACCUAAUCUCGUGUCUCUGUUGCAGCAUCGUCAGUCGCGCACGGGUCGUUCCAUUUUGGUCUACCAGCGUCUGAAGAAGGGCGAGGAGAAUGCAUUUAAUCGCGGCGGCAAUGAGGAUGAACCCGAUGUCCACGAUCAUCCGGGACUGGAGGAACUCCCACCGGCCGAGGAGAAUCAGUUCAAUUAGACAUUUAGAGCGAAAGAAACCUGAUAGACUUUGCAACCCCACCACUCAGCCCUCCGUUCAAAAAAAAAUUAAUAUUAACUCUUAAUACAAACGUAUAUUUUGUAUAACAUUUUGGCCUUUGCAAAAGUUUUUAAAACGUAGAGAAUGGAGAAGACUCGUAGGCGCUUUUCGUGUAAUUUGUGCUAGUUGAUAAAUCUGUAGGCCAUCCGCAGCAUUUAGGCGUUAGGCGGCCCAACGAGAGGCAAUAUAUAUUUUAUAUUUUAUUUUAUUAUGUAGACCAUACGCACCUCUUGUCCUGUCCUUUCUUUCAUUUCUCAAAAUAAAGGUUCAGCUCAAGCGGA